GGAGGUGUAUUACUUACCCAAACGGAUUUAAUGGCUUCAGUGAAAGCAAGUGGCGCAGCGGGUGGCGCCAGCGUUGACCCGGCAUUUGCCAUAUGCAAAGAAAUUCUGUCACGCCUACCACAAGCCUUUAAUAUUACCGAAGUGGGUCAAAAGUAUCCGGUGAUGUAUACAAAUUCCAUGAAUACGGUACUGCGACAAGAGCUGAUAAGAUUCAAUCGCUUGUUGGAUUACAUACGCAAAAGUCUCGUCAACGUACAAAAAGCCAUACAAGGUCAAAUCGCCAUGAUACCCGAAUUGGAGCGCACACAUUCAUCAAUGGUGAUCGGUAAAUUACCAGCCGACUGGCUGAAGAAAAGCUACCCAUCGCUCAAGCCACUGGGCAGCUACGUUACGGAUUUCCUAACACGCUUGGAAUUCUUUCAACGUUGGAUUGACGAGGGCGAACCAACUGUUUAUUGGCUGUCGGGUUUUUAUUUCACUCAAUCCUUUAUCACUGGUGUAUUACAAAAUUACUCACGAAAGAACACUUUUCAAAUUGAUAUGGUUGAAAUCAAAUUCGAAGUGACCAAGUUCGAGACGGAAGUUGAAAAACUACCAAGCUUUGGCGCAUACAUACGUGGUCUCUUCUUGGAAGGCGCACGCUACAAUCGUGAAACCCAAGAGCUAGAUGAAUCCUACUCAAAAAUUCUGUUCGAUACAUUGCCGGUGAUAUAUUUUCGUCCCACCUUGAAACAGUCACAGGAUGGUGGACAGGCGGCCAAGGAAGACGACAAAGGGCGUACCAUCUACGAUUGCCCGGUUUAUAAGACAAGCGAGAGGCGUGGUGUACUCUCAACGACUGGUCACUCCACCAAUUUUGUGAUGUACAUGCAAUUGAAUUGCAGUAAGGCACCAAUGCACUGGAUCAAUCGGGGCACCGCCUCCCUCUGCCAAUUGGACGACUGAGUUGCUUUUGAAGUCGUGCUGAUAUAAUCGCAUCUUAUAUUUUUUAUGUUUUAUAUUUUUUUUUCUUUUCAAUGAAUAUAAGAAUUCUCCCUAUUUCGACCUCAUAUUUUCUCUUACAAUAAAUAUUAUUUUCAUAUGCA